UCACUGUCAGAGAGAAAGCGUGUAGGGUAAAAGUUUGGAUCCUGCUACGAGAGUCAAUUGUAUAGCCUACUGGUCUCAACUAGAUUAAGCUUAGAACUGUGAAAUACUUCUUGUACUCUUGUUAGAAAAAGUAUUUUUAGACUUACACAAAAAAAAAGCCUGUGUUCAGCAUAACUGGAAGCGGUGGUUUUUAGAUAGAGCUGUGAUUCCAAACGGAGGGAUGUCAGAGGUCAUCGACUAUUCGAGGGCGAUCUACUAACUGGCACAUAAACACGGGUGUAUUCAGUAUCUAGGCUGGAGGAACAAGACCAACUAUUCGCAACACUGACUUCCAACUACACACGCAGACACACACACAACGAAGUAAAAGGGAAAGAGUGUAAACACGAAGGAAUUAAACUGAAGCAGUUAGUGACACAACAGAAGGACUUGGACCGUUUGAUGAUAAGUUUUGGAGGAAUCAGAUACAAAAUUAAUUCCUUUUUAAGUUAUAUCAAUAUGUAAGCCAGUGUUUUUUCUAAGUUAGUGAGGAAUUAAGAUUUGAAAAUUGUUUUUGAUCCUGAGUCAUGGAGUAAUUAUUUGUAUAUGAAAUAAUCAAAGUUCGUAUAAUAUGGAGCACAGCCUCUAUAAUAAUUACUUCGCUUUUGUAUUUAGUUUGAGAUCGGCCGCUACAUCCAACUUGUACUCUGUAAGAGCUUGAAAAUGAUUUAAACCCAUCGCUGACAUGUGAACAGCUCAACAAACAUCUCUAGUGACAGAUUUAUUUUUUCAAUGCCAAGGGCUGAUCAUCCAAUGAACUUGGUCUACAAAACAAUGGAUUAGAGUUGCUUCUCUUGAGUCUCUUCAUGAUGGCGACCGUGGCCAGUACGAGCAGGCCAGCAUCGGCCACAAAUCUAAGUAUGCUUCCAAUACCGCCUCAGCUUCCUUUUCCAACUCACCCCUCCCUGCCUGACCGAGUGUCCAGGCUGAAACGCCUUAACUUGGCAAUGACCAGCCGAGACAGCUUGGAUUACGAGAGUGCCUUAAAACUGAAAGGAUCAUUCCUUGAGCCGAGUAUGGAUUACGAGGUGAAACAUUCCGACCUUGAAAGGUCUAGGAACAACUUCAGAGGAGGUCAAGGUUACAUCAGGCGUAUCCAUGGCAACAGUUUUGAUAAACAUAGUCAAAGUUCUUCUCACAUGUCUGACAGUGUAGAUCAAAUAAACUCUUUAACAGAUUCCACGUCACUUCGCAGAAGUCAGAGAAACAUUGUCACCCCGCGACAUUACCGUCAGCCUGGCCAGGCGUCCGUUAGAGGGACCAGACGCAGCAGGAGCAGAACCGGAAGCAGACGUCUGCGGUUGCCUAGUAUCACUGUCAGGAAACCAGAAGACGACGAGCAGGGUCAUCCAGGAAUAUUUCUCACCUCUUUGAAUUACGAGGAAUCUCCGAUGCCCACUGAACGCUUGCCAUCUACACCAUCGUCUGCUACAAGCGACUCUAGGAGGAUGGGCGACAAGGCGCCCUCUGACGUCAGCGCAGCCCGUGAGGCGAACGCGUCACGCGAUCCGCUUCCUGCACUGAUCACAACAUCCCGGGAGCCCCCGGCGACCCAGAGGACGUCCCUGGCGCUGAGCACCGUGGGGCUCCAGAGGGUGUACCUGGAAGGGCUGGACUACAUGAGAAGUCAUGUGACCAACGUGGAAGAGGAGGCGGAGCGAGUCAAGCGUGAAUUUCACAAGGUGGACGAGGAAAGGUUUGGAGAUUACUUCCCCUACCUGAAGCAGAUUAAUGAACUUUUGUUACAGGCCAACUCAACACUGCGAAGAAAUAAAAUCCCUUUAGAGGUGAUUGACAGUGACACUAGGCUGGUCAAGUUACUGAACCAGUUGAGAGAUGACCCAACUCCUGACAUGAUGGCAGUGGACACGCUCACAACAUUCUGGACAGAGGUCAAGACCUCAGCCCAUACAUUACAGUGUCUCCUGGAGAAAUUUCACUCCACUGUCUUUCAGCGACUCAGCAACAACUACAUCGGUGGCAACAGUGCGGAAAUAUUAGUUCCAGUCUGCCAGCAGUACGCACUGGACAUUGAAGACUUUCUCAAAGACAUGGACAACCAGAUGACCAACGCCAGGCUCGUCCUGAAGAGCUUCGACAGCGGACUUCAUCGGGAUCUCAUGGACAAGAGCGCCUUCUCGGAGAGACUGGUGGUCUUGUGCGACACCAAGGCAUUUCCGGUUCUGGGUCUGGUCCACGACGUCUGCGACAAAAUAGUUCGCAUGUGCGCGACGGCGAGACAGUGGCUGGCGCGCGACGAACGCUUCAUGCACGAGAUCAGCUCCUUCAUCCGUGAGACCAGGACCGCGACCAGGAAGAGGGAGCAGAUUCUUCAGACCGAGAAACAGAAACAGAAGCGCGUGGAGAAAAACGUUCGCGUGGCCCAGAACCUCUUGCAGCGGAACAAGGAAAAGCUGCAGUUGAUAGAAGCUGACCUCCAGGAGCUGGAGGAGAAGCUGAACACGUCCAGAGAAGAGCAGAGAACCAGAAUGAACAUGAUUCAGCAAAAAGAGAAUAUGGUGGACUUUCUUAAGGUCACUGCCCAGCAGACUAAACGUAAUUACAGCUUACAGUCAAAGCGGUCAAAGCUAUUGCGCCAAGUGAAAGACCUGGAAGACUACCUGAGGGCCAUGGAGUCAGAGUUGGAAGUGGUCCAAGAUCAAAUCCUGGCCAAGUCACACGAGAAGAUACUGCUCACCCACAAGAUCAACACUUCGGAACAAUCUUAUGGUGCUCUUAGGUCUGACCUGGACAAGGUCUCUGAAAAUCUGGAGGAUUUGGAGGCCGAGGUGACGGGUCUGUCUAGUCAACUGCUGCAGCUGGAGAUCGUCCACACCAUCAAAACCUCACCGGAAACUUUGGACAAUCUGAUUGACCGGCCCAGUACUGUGAAGCUGUCCAAGUCGCUGAAGGAGAGAAUCAAGGAGCGAAAGAAGAAAGCGGCGAUGAAAUGAGUGAACGACUAGAGAAUGUUACUUAACACUUCCCCUAACCACAGUAUUGCCAGAACCACACAAAAAAAUGUCUGCCCGUGGCAAUAAGCAAUCAACGAAAGACAAAUCAGUCUGGAAAAAAAGUAAUUUAGAAAGCCGUGACACCAUUCGAUUGCAUCUAUCAACAUUGUCAGGAACUGGAAUUUCCUCUUGCUGUUUUCCAUUCUGAAAGUGUCGUGUGCAAAAAAUUCCUCUGCCAUUGUGAGUACAGAAGCUUCCUCUGCAAUGUGUCGUGUGCAGAAACUUCCCCUGCAAGUUUCGUGUGCAGAAGCUUCCCCGACAAGUGUCGUGUGCAGAUGCUUCCUCUGCAAUGUGUCUUGUGUAAAAGCUUCUUUAAGUGUCGUCUGCAGAAGUUUUCACAUGAAUGUGCCAGGAAACUGCAGCGUUGCUAUGACAACAAUAUGCAAAUGUCAUUGUGAAUAUGAACAAAACACAAUUUUUUACUGGACCAUUUUAUUAUGACCCAGAAUUGGUAAUAAAUAAAAAACGAUUUGGCCUUCAAUCAAAACUUUGAAAAAGAAAUUUGUAUAACCCACUUUAUCUAUGGCUAUAAAAGCACAAGAUAGUAGCAAAGAAUGAGCACAGACAGGCAUGGAGAUAUAUUUGUAUUGAAAAAUCCCUUCUCUGAAAUGUAUAAUUGAAAUGCAAUAAUAAAAAAAGCAAACUUACCCUACCAGACCUUGCGAUCUAUAAGGCAGAUGAUGUUAAGGUCAUCUUUUUCUGUGGCCAAUGGUUAACGAGCAGGGUUUCAUGUGUCCAGCACAACGACCAACCGCCUUUACUUCCACCAACUAAAGUCAGGUACCCAUUAGAGUUGGGUAGACUCAGGGGCGUCCUAAAAAUCCCGAAAUUCAAAAUACCUUCACCGAGAUUCGAACCCAGGAUCCCAGGUUCGGAAGCCAAGCGCUUAACCACUCAGCCACCGCGCACUAAUUGAAAUUCAAGUGACGAUUAAAGAGAGAUAAUCUAUUAAUAAGAUAAACGACGGAGAAUUUAUGCAUUACCGAAACUGGAAAACCUACAAAAAAAUCUACAUUUUUAAAACAACUACUUUGAACAUAUCCAAUAGGUUGGGUAUUGAGAUCCCAGUUUAAGACUGUCGUCUGUAAGUUCAUGACGUAAUUUUAAUGAGUCCUGCCCCCCCCCCCUUUACUUUCACAAUUAACUACCUCCCUGGCACUGCCAAUACGUUGAUGUUUUUAUGUUAAAACUCAAAACUAGUGAUUAGUGUCAUAUUCAGUGUCAUCACAAAACACCGUGGUUAUGAUGCUUUAUAUUCACAUGGUAGCUCUUAUCACAAAGCUUUAUUGUCAGAGUUCAAGACUUAUAACGAUGCUUUCAAAAGAUCAAAAUGAACUCUUAUUUUUUUUUAUAACUUGCCUAAGAACUUUUUUCUAUCUUGAGACAGUAUCAUAGAUUUCUUUAAAAAAUAUAUUUAAAUUUAAAAAAUGUACGUGAUACAUGUAUGAUAUAUAAUUUUUCCACAUAUCCAUUAAAAAUAUGUUUUUUUUUCUAUAAUUCUAGCAACUGUCUCAAGUAAUGUAUAUUAAUUUAUUUAUAACAUGUAAAUGUACAUAACUUAAAUGUACAUAAACUUUGUGUACAUAACAAGACGCGAACGAUUCUGAUGGUUUAGGAUACAUCACCCAUCUACAGAGUUAAUUGGGAACCUACAGAGACCAUUCAUUGUACAAGGGACACAACUCAAAGCAUAAGAACUGUUGUUAUUGGUUAUUUCUCUUGACAUGUUAAUUGAGAUGACAGCCAGACAUGAAUAUGUGUAUUUAGUAAGUCAUAAUAUACAUACAUUAAAAAAGUAACAUCUGUAUUUGCAUGUUCAGGUAUGUAUGUCUGCAAUGAUAUCCUCUGUUGUCACCGUGUUUAAGUGAAUUGUCACAUUUAUGUGGUAAAUAUGUUUUUUGUAUAAAAUUGGUAAAUAAUCUAAUUAUAAAAAUGCAUUAUUUUAAAGAAAGUUGUGUGUCCUGCAUUUAGUUCAUGAAAAAUGGCUGAUGGAAGGUGUGAAUGACGAGAUCACUAGAGAGAGUGAGACAAAGGCGGAAAGAGAUUGCGCGCGUGCAUGUGCAUAGAUAUUAUAUAUUUUAUACCAUUAAAUUCAAACAGACUUAACGACGUAUACUUAUAGUCUCCUGUACAAAGUAGUUUUUGUAUAUUACAUAUAAGGAUGUAAUAAAUCUAGUUUAACUGUAUACGUGUGUUUGUUAAACCAUGGUUAAACUAGAGAACUCACUUGUUGAUAGUAAAAGAGGAUGGAUCACUGAGUGCACGCCUGACAGGGUAUUCCCGAUCUGAGAACGCAGCUCACUUUUUAAACAUUAUGUUGUGGACUUAAAGUUUACCUUCAAUGGAUUAGUACUUUCAAGUAAUUUCAAGUAAUUUCUUGUAAUUUUAAGUAAUUUCAAGAUGUAAUGGAUUAAAAUAAUGUUUGACUCGUUGCGCCAUCUCUUGAGGUGUCUAUAUUUUGUGGCUCUGCCCACACUCUUCAUUAUCACGCUUCUGUUUUGGUCAGAAUACUUGGCGAUCUUGUGGUUGUCCAGCGUCACCUUGUCCUGCGCCUGAUUGUCCUGUCUACUAUCACAGUCAUGUCCUCGGCAGAACUCUUUCUAAGGAUUCGGCGUUAUGUUAAAUUCAUCUGUGAUUAUAGAUAACUUCAAUACGGAUCAACAGCCAAGGUGGAAAGCAGAUACAAGUUACAGUGAUUUGUACCUGCGUCCCAUCAAAAACUCGAGGUCAGACAUCAAUAACUCCUACGCUCAUGAACCGUGAGUCUGGAACUCACCUCUUCCUCCGACCAAGCUCAAAACAAAUUUCUUCCUCAGCUUUAAAUGAACAUAAAGACUGGUCCAAAAUA